AUGGCGGACGACGCUCCUGCGGCCUCCCCGCCGCCCCCUGCGUCCCCGUCUCCGCAGCCCUUCAUCCAGACGCCACCAGACUCGCCUCAACAUGCGGUAGAGUCUGCCUCCUCCAUUCCGUUUAACGAUUCGCUCCACCUGCGACUCAAGACACUGGACGAGCGCGUGUUCGAUGUGGAGGCCACUUUGUCCAUGUCGGUGGCCGACUUCCGAGCCAAGGUGGCACUGGCCACGGCCGUUCCGGUCCCGAGACAGCGACUUAUCUACCGUGGCAAGCUGCUCAAGGACGGAGUAGCGCUGGCUGCGUACGACCUGCAGGACGGCCACACGGUGCACCUGGUGGCCAAGCCGCCAGCGAACUCGGCCACGAGCAGCACGACGCAGACGACCAGUGACAGCGCUCGGCCACGUGAGGGGAAUGGCCAGGCCUGGAACUUGGCCAACCUACGCUCAGCCCUAAGACGGACGGGGGCCACGACAACUCCGCAGCCGUUGCCCAUGCUAAGGGAGAUCCUGGACGAAGUGGCCGAGGCUCCUCAAGAGGCGGCCGAGGGUAUGAGAAUUGGUGGCCUGAGUGGCCCGAGAGUACAGGAGUCGGCCAUUGACUUGGAGCCUAUUACACAGGGAAUUUUGACCAUGCGGACGGUGUUGUCGACUGUUACCCAAGAGCAGGAGGACGAGAGAGUUGAAGAGGACGCACAGGUGGAGCAACAGACAGUGGGCCAGGCAACGACGCGACGUGGCCCGCGACAAUUCUUUGUUGGCCAGUGGCUCGACGUCAAGGACACAGUGAAUCAGUGGCUCGAGUCCACUGUAAUGGCCGUCGCCGACGGGAAAGUGCUGAUCCAUUAUCAUGGCUGGCCCACGAGAUGGGACGAGUGGAUCGACGUCGACUCGGACCGCAUUGCCGCCUUUCGCACGCGUACUCUUCACGCACAAAAUACACAGCGAAUGUCGCCCACUCCUACGGCGAGAGUACCCAGUGCGCCUCGCGUAGGCGACAACAAUGUACGUCGAAUGGUGGUUAACGUGCGAGAUCUGAUGCGAGAAAUGAUGCCACACAUCGACCACCUUGCCGGCCUGUGUGAAGAAGAUCUGAGACGAGAGCAGGAGCGUGGCCAAGCUCCAACCGAGGUGGAAUCAGACAGCAGUUCAGUAGAUUAUGUGGCCGUCCAGACGGGGCCGAGUGGGCCAACGUCAAUGGAUCCGGGCCAGGCUCGUGAGAGUGAGGUGUCGGAGGUGGCCCACAUGGUGGCCCCUCUAUUUGAUCGCUUUGGCCGGUUGUUGAUGGAUUCAGCUCGUUAUUUCGAUCCGUUGCUACGUCCAGAGCUACGUGAGACCUCACAACGUCAACAGGAGCGCCACACAGCAGCCUUGCGUCGUAGCCACGGAGGCUCCGCUCAGCGACAAGCCGCCAGUGUUUCAGCCUCGAUGGAAGCUCAGGACAACUCGCUGUCGAUUCGCGAUCUGAUCGCCACGUCUCCAAACGCAGCCAGUGAGUCCACGCAGCCGAGACGAAGCAUCGAUGUACAUAUCCACGCGAUCGUCGCGCCAGCUUCGCUUUCGUCUUUUGCGUCCCUGAGUCGAGGUAACAACGACACUCACAGCAACGAGAAUGGCUCUACUCGACGCGUUCAAACGCCAUCUACGCCCCCUAUAGGACGUUCAUUCGGGUUUGAAGACGGCCCAGACGAGGCCGACAACAGUCGAGUCCCUCUACUAGGCGCGUACCGUCAUCGCAGUGACUCAAGUGAGUCGGAUCAGCAGCAACGACGGGCAGUGGCCCGGGAACUGGACGAUUUCUUGUCGGACGACUUCUUCGGCGCGUCAUUCGGACAUGAGGACGAGGACUCAGACGACGAGGCCAGUCACUCUGAUGCUGUGCAGUCGACGUAUCGACCGCCCUCGCCAUCGGGUAGAAUUUCUUCGCCACGGACUCCUCAGAGCGAGACAACCUCUCAGUUUUCUAGUGGCACCAUUGGCGUCAUUCCUGAAGUCGCUGCAGCCGAAGAGCGACUGCGAGCGGAGCAAGCGUCAAGCCAGACAAGGGAAGAUGAGAAUGGCCGAACGUCGUCUGCGUCGGCCUCGUCGUCGUCGAGUUUUCCUACGUUUCUCGAAGUGAUGCGACGUACUCUCAGUGGCGUGCGGAACUUUGUCCACAGUGACGUUAGCAGUCCGUCGCAAGAGACGGGGAACUCCGUGGAGUUGGUGUCGGGCUUUUCUCUGCCGUCCUCUUCGUCGUCUUCGUCGAUUUCCUCUGCGUCGUCGCUGUCCACGCCGCCAAUGUCCCCGGCCUCCUACCCCUCGUUCGGAACUUCUAUAAGCCGUCCUCGUAGUCCGAGUGACAGCAGCAUCGACGAGGAGUUGGACCUGGACGAGGUGGACUAA